AUGCGCGAGGAUGGUCUUCCUGCAGUCGCACGACGUGCUCGACUCCGAAAAAAAUGCGGCGAAAUCUGCAGUCUUGAAGGUGCCGACUACGAGGGUUUGCACGCAAUCACGACUUUUGACAGCGCUUUGGAGUUGAAGCUCGAAACUCCUGGUGGUGUCGGUACCCGUGUGUACAUGCUGGAUGCGUCGGGAAAGAGGUACAAACAGUUCGAUCUACUCAACCAAGAGCUCACGUUCGACGUGGAUAUGUCUACGCUGCCCUGCGGUUCUAACGGUGCGCUUUACUUCUCGAAGAUGGAUGCCGACGGUGGCAUUGCACGUUUCCUGACCAACAAUGCAGGAGCUGAAUACGGCACCGGAUACUGUGAUGCCCAGUGCACGAAAGAAGUCAAGUUUAUCAAUGGUGAAGCUAACUUGGAGCACAACUUUAAUCCAUACCGGAUGGGCCUUAAGAAGUUCUACGGCCGUGGCAAAAGCUACGACAUCGACACGACUCGUCCGUUCUCAGUCAUUACGCAGUUCAUUACGGACGACGACACCGAGACUGACGACCGCGUGGUGGUUAAUCCGGCAAGUACGUGGGCCACACUCAACGGCACCGACUCAAUCACGGAUGCGAUGUGUAACUCCUCGAAGGCGCUUUUCAAUGACCACCCGUACGUAAUGGGAGGCCUUGCACAGCUCAGCAAGCAAAUUGUUGGUGGUAUGACGCUGGUCAUGAGCAUCUGGGUAGACUACGGCUCCAACAUGACGUGGUUGGACAGCUUCAAAACCGGUGAGGACCCGAAAGAUCCUGGUGCAUUGCGUGGCGAUUGUCCGAACCCUGGUGGUGACCCGUAG